AAAAAAAAAAUCCUUCACCUCAGGUCCUCAGCUCGCCAAGACCGCACAGUCACUCUCUCUCUCUCUCACUCACAGAACUUCGCAUAUUCUUGUUCAUUCAAUUUCAACCUCUCUAAAAGUCACAUGGCUGCUCCUGCAGUGGAAGGCACAGCCGUGGCGGCGCUCCGGGCGGUCAUGUUCCGAGUCCGGCAGGCUGCGGAGCGGUCUGGUCGGAAACCCGACCUGGUCCGGGUCGUGGCCGUUUCGAAAACCAAACCGGUCUCCCUCAUCCGCCAAGUCUACGACUCUGGAUACCGUUGCUUUGGCGAGAACUACGCACAAGAACUCAUCGAAAAAGCCCCUCAACUUCCUCAAGACAUAGACUGGCAUUUCAUUGGGCAUUUGCAAAGCAACAAAGUCAAAUCGCUACUCACUGGAGUCCCAAAUCUGGCAAUGGUUGAGGGUGUAGAUAAUGCAAAGGUUGCAAAUCAUCUUGACCGGGCAGUUUCAAGCCUUGGAAGAAAUCCUUUGAAGGUUUUGGUCCAAGUGAAUACCAGUGGAGAAGCUUCAAAAUCUGGCAUUGAUCCUUCUGGCUGUGUCGAACUUGCAAAACACGUUAAGUUGCAGUGCCCAAAUCUAGAGUUCUCUGGCUUAAUGACAAUUGGGAUGCCAGACUAUUCAUCGACUCCAGAAAACUUUAGGACGCUAUCAAACUGUAGAAUUGAAGUUUGCAAGGCACUUGGAAUAGCGGAGGAGCAAUGUGAGUUGUCAAUGGGCAUGUCAGGUGACUUUGAGCUAGCGAUUGAAAUGGGCAGUACCAAUGUGAGAGUCGGAUCAACCAUAUUUGGCCCGAGGGAGUAUGCCAAGAAACAACCAAAUUAGCAUCUUCAAGAUGCAUACUGUUGCUUCAGGAAAAAAAUCGGAAUUCAUGCUCUUGCUUUAUGUAAUUAUGUAUUCAAAUUUGUUGGUCUAGCACAAAAAGAAAAAGAAAAAGAAUUGUACCUUUUACCUGUAUGUCAUUUUUUAUGUAAAUCAAAGUGAUUACCUAUCCAACUUCUUAUA